AACACACCGGGUUUAAAUCAGAUUUAAAACCGUUUCCGAGUCGAGCCGGGGAGUCGUGUGUCCGCUAGGCUCCACAGCAGCUAGUUUAGGACUGGAAACUAGUAGCGUAUCAUUCAAACGUGACGUUAUUUGUGGGGAAUGUGAAGAUAACACGGCCUGGACAAAGUAGUGGUCGUAAUGGUAAACUAAUGCAGAGAGAAAAGCCAGAAGAGGCUUCCUGUGCAAAACAAAUGGGUUACUCACUCGGCUUGUGGCAAGGCGCAGUGCAAGAAACGACUCAGUGGAAAGCAACAUGACAGGACGUUGGGUUCAUGCACACUGCUGCCCUGCUGCCUCCCAGCGACCGUCAUGCCUUAUGGAAUAUUCAUCCGGCGCCACUGACAUUCCAGAGGGAUCCAUGUUUACAUUCCAGCAGUUCACAUUGCCGACAAUUAGUGUCUCACGACCUCUUUUUUAAUCAGGCCUGCUCCACACAUCAUCCGGUUUGCAGACCUGUACCCCAACAAUCAGCUUCUCUCCUUUUGCACGUCACUGACUACCUAUCAUGAGAUUCCGAAUCUACAAGAGGAAGGUGGUGAUACUGACUCUGGUUAUUGUUGUCUGUGGCCUAGCUUUCUGGAGCAGUGGGAGGCAGAAAAAGAACAGCAGUGGAGCUUUUCCAAAGGAAGUGGAGACUGUGAGGAGAAGCAGCAGCAUUAGCAGCAGCAGUAGCAGCAGCAGCAGCAACAACAACAAUAACCAGGUGCAAGCCACACCUGCUGUGAGCCGGGCACCUGUGCCACCACCGAUCAUACAAGCUAAUGAGACUCACACAGAAAAAGAGAAGGAUAAGGAAAAAGUAGCCAAGCCGGAGGUAGACAACACCACUUUAGUUUAUCGUGGCAUCGUCUUCCAGCUCAACUUUGACCAGACGAUAAGAAACGAGGAGAAGUUUAAGGCAGCGCGGCAAAAGGACGACCUGGUUGUGGUGGUUCAGGUCCAUAACCGGCCAGACUACCUUAAGCUGCUGGUGGACAGUUUGCGGAAGGCCAGGGGGGUGGAGAGCAUACUGCUGAUAUUCAGCCAUGACUUCUGGUCCCCUGAGAUCAAUCAGGUGGUGUCCUCUGUUGAUUUCUGCCAGGUCCUCCAGAUCUUUUUCCCCUUCAGCAUCCAGCUGUACCCCCAGGAGUUCCCUGGCAACGAUCCCCGGGACUGUCCCCGAGACAUUCCCAAGAAAGACGCCUUAAAGCUGGGCUGCAUCAACGCAGAGUACCCCGACUCGUUUGGCCACUACCGCGAAGCUAAGUUCUCCCAAACCAAACACCAUUGGUGGUGGAAGCUGCACUUUGUAUGGGACAGAGUCCGGGCUCUGAAGGACCACAGGGGUCUGGUCCUGCUGAUUGAGGAGGACCACUAUCUGUCCCCAGACUUCCUCCAUCUCUUAAAGCUGAUGUCGGCUCUCAAAAGGGAACAGUGCACAGACUGUGACAUCCUUUCACUGGGGAGCUACAGCCACAUCGGCUAUUCUAGCAAAGCAAACAAGGUGGAGGUGAAAGCCUGGAAGUCCACCGAGCACAACAUGGGAAUGGCUCUGAGUAGGGAGACGUACCAAAAGCUCAUCCAAUGCACCGACGCCUUCUGCACUUAUGACGACUACAACUGGGACUGGUCCUUACAGCACCUGACCGUGACCUGCCUGCCCUCCUACUGGAAGGUCAUGGUUAGUGAGGCACCGAGGAUCUUUCAUGCUGGGGACUGUGGCAUGCACCACAAGAAGUCCACCUGCAUGCCGGUCAGCCAGAAAACCAAGAUAGAAAACAUCCUACAGAGCAGUGGGAACCAGCUGUUCCCAAAGAACCUCCUGAUAACAAAGAGACUGCCAGCCAACGGGGCUGGAGGGGUGGCCCCACACGUUAAAAAUGGUGGCUGGGGAGACAUCAGGGACCAUGAACUCUGCAAGAGUUACCUUCGAUUACAGUGACCUUAUUGCUACUAUUAUAUAUUACUAUGUCUUUUGCAUCCUCUUUAAAGAAAAGAAAGCCUUUUAAAAAGUAAAUCUUUAUGGACUAUUCUUCAUAUUGCCUGUUUUAUUGGACUGUUCCAAAUAAAUAAGAAUGUUGGGUUUGGGCCUCUUUAACACUA